AACACACCCGAGCCAACAGAGGAACAAGAAAGAGCAGAGCAUCACGUGGCCGUAGCGAGAGAGAGAGAGAGAGAGAGAGAUCCAAGUGCCUACAAGGCUAGCACCUAGCACACCACCGCAGGUCCGCAGCACCAACAGCACGCAUGGCGCGCUGGGCCAUUGCCAUCCACGGCGGCGCGGGCGUGGACCCCAACCUGCCGGAGCACAGGCAGGAGGAAGCCAAGCGGGUGCUGGCGCGGUGCCUGCAGGUCGGCGUCGACCUGCUGCGCGCCGGCGCCGCGGCGCUGGACGUCGUGGAGGCCGUGGUGCGCGAGCUGGAGACGGACCCCUGCUUCAACUCGGGCCGGGGUUCCGCGCUCACCCGCGCCGGCACCGUCGAGAUGGAGGCCAGCAUCAUGGACGGCCACGGCCGCCGCUGCGGCGCCGUCUCGGGGGUCUCGACGGUCCGCAACCCCGUCUCCCUCGCCCGGCGCGUCAUGGACAAGUCGCCCCACUCCUACCUCGCCUUCGACGGCGCCGAGGAUUUCGCACGCGAGCAGGGCCUUGAGGUUGUGGACAACAGCUACUUCAUCACGGAGGAGAACAUCGGCAUGCUCAAGCUCGCCAAGGACGCCAACACCAUCCUCUUCGACUACCGCAUCCCGCUCGCCGGAGCCGACACUUGCAGCGCGCUGGCGGCCGCGUCAGAGAAGAACAACAGCAACGGCAUGGUGAUGAACGGGCUGCCCAUCAGCAUCUACGCGCCGGAGACGGUGGGCUGCGCGGUGGUGGACUCCAACGGCUUCACGGCGGCCGCCACCUCGACCGGUGGUCUGAUGAACAAGAUGACGGGUCGCAUCGGCGACUCGCCGCUCAUCGGCGCCGGCACCUACGCGUGUGGGCACUGCGCCGUGUCGUGCACCGGCGAGGGCGAGGCCAUCAUCCGCUCCACGCUGGCGCGGGACGUGGCCGCCGUCAUGGAGUACAAGGGGCUGCCUCUGCAGGAGGCCGUAGACUUCUGCGUCAAGGAGCGGCUCGACGAGGGUUUCGCGGGGCUCAUCGCCGUGUCCGGCACCGGCGAGGUCGCCUACGGGUUCAACUGUACCGGCAUGUUCCGGGGCUGCGCCACCGAGGACGGCUUCAUGGAGGUCGGCAUCUGGGAGUGAGCAAGCAAGUGCGUGGAGUCGCGGUGGCCGCUCUGAACGUUCGUGUGUCUGCAUCUGGCCAUCCUGCGAUUGCCAUGUGGUUCUAGUCUGGGAUCCUGAUUUAGUAGCAGUAGUAGUGGAUCGAGGAUUGGGGAUUGGAGGAAUAAUGAUGAUGAUGACGAUUGUGGCAGCCGUGGAAAAUAAUAAUGUGAAAAGUUCUAUGGCUUCUGAAAUUACCUGUCUUGUUCA